UGACUGUAGGGGGCGGUCAAUUUCACAGUCUAUAGGCCCACAGUUAAAAUAGUUGUUUCUCUCCGGACGCAAUUGCCCUGCGCACCAUCAGAAAGAAGCGCCGCAUUCUCACAUUUUCAGUAGUGUGGCUGCACGGAUGGCGACUACAAAGGUUCCAGAGGUUCGUGAUAUCACUCGGAUCGAGAGAAUUGGAGCACACUCACACAUUCGUGGCCUUGGUUUGGAUGAUGCUUUGGAGCCAAGACAGGUGUCCCAGGGGAUGGUUGGCCAGCUGGCCUCCCGUCGGGCAGCAGGGGUCAUUCUGGAGAUGAUCAAAGAUGGCCACAUUGCUGGAAGAGCAGUGCUGAUCGCUGGCCAGCCCGGCACAGGGAAGACUGCCAUCGCUAUGGGCAUCGCCCAAUCUCUUGGCGCUGAUACACCCUUCACAGCGCUGGCCGGUAGUGAAAUCUUCUCCCUGGAGAUGAGCAAAACUGAGGCACUGAGCCAGGCUUUUAGAAAAGCCAUCGGUGUGAGGAUCAAAGAAGAGACAGAGAUUAUUGAAGGGGAGGUGGUGGAAAUCCAGAUUGAUAGACCAGCCACUGGAACGGGUGCCAAGGUGGGUAAGCUGACUCUGAAGACGACUGAGAUGGAGACGAUAUAUGACCUUGGCAACAAGAUGAUUGACAGUCUCAGUAAAGAAAAGGUUCAGGCAGGAGAUGUUAUUACCAUUGACAAAGCCACUGGAAAGAUCAGCAAGCUGGGCCGCUCCUUCACCAGAGCCAGAGACUAUGAUGCCAUGGGAGCUCAGACACAGUUUGUACAGUGUCCAGAGGGAGAACUGCAGAAGAGGAAAGAGGUGGUCCACACGGUGUCCCUCCAUGAGAUCGACGUCAUCAACAGCCGCACACAAGGCUUCCUGGCUCUCUUCUCUGGAGACACUGGAGAGAUCAAGUCUGAAGUCCGCGAGCAGAUUAAUGCUAAAGUGUGUGAGUGGAGAGAAGAAGGCAAAGCAGAGAUCAUCCCUGGGGUGUUAUUUAUUGACGAGGUCCAUAUGCUGGAUAUAGAGUGCUUUUCCUUCCUGAACCGUGCCCUGGAGAGCGACUUGUCCCCUGUUCUCAUCAUGGCCACCAACAGAGGCAUCACUCGUAUCCGCGGCACAAACUAUCAGAGCCCUCAUGGCAUCCCGAUCGACCUUCUGGAUCGGCUGCUCAUCAUCGCCACCUCCCCUUACACCGAAAAAGAGACGAAGCAGAUCCUCAAGAUCAGAUGUGAGGAGGAGGAUGUUGAGCUGAGCGAGGAGGCUCACACCGUUCUGACUCGCAUCGGCAUGGAGACGUCACUGCGCUACGCCAUCCAGCUGAUCAGCACUGCUGGACUGGUGUGUCGCAAACGCAAGGGAACAGAAGUUCAGGUGGAGGACAUCAAAAGGGUUUACUCUCUGUUCCUGGACGAGGCCAGAUCCUCCCAGUACAUGAAGGAGUAUCAGGAUUCCUUCCUCUUUAAUGAAACACAAACUGUUCAAAUGGACACUUCAUAAUGAAGACGACUGCUUUGGUUUCUGACUCUGAAAUUUUUAUGUUGCUGGUUUCCCCUGAGGUUGGAGUCAAGUUAGAACUGGAUUUUACUUCAGUACUGAAUUACAUUGAAGACAGAAUUCAAAAGUAUUAAAUUCACUGAAUUGCCCUCCAUUUUUCUGCCCUGUUCACCUUUGAUUCUGCUUUGUUUGGAUUCAGAUUUAUUUACUGGAAAGUGACUUCAUUUUGAAUUAACCAUAAUUCUGUUCAUCACUGAUGCCUUGUGGCAGGAAUAUGCAUUCCUUUUGUGUUUUUUCUUUGUUUACUCAUCUUUACAUGGUUUAUUUUUAUGAAAAUGAUUAAACAGGCUUUCAGCACAA